AUGGGGUUGAUCCACAAUUUGAGCGAAUCAGAAAUAUCUGUAAUUGUCCCUGGGCGCGUAAUGAGUACCCCCAUAUAUAUAACUGGAUGUCAGACACCAAAGUAUUUAAUUGACAUAGUUGAUUUGGAUGUUCCAAAUGAAGAAGUUGGUUUGGCUGUUGUCGAGCAAGGGAAGGAAACAGAUUGGGUUUUCUGUACACACGAAGGGCGAGUAUCUUUGGCUACCGAUUUUAAGCAUCGGCGUCUUUUAAUAGUUUCGAUUGAUAUUCACAAUUCCGUGUCUUCAGUUGAGUCCAUCAAGUCUCAGUUGAUUGCGAUAAAAUUUGCGCUAUCGCAUGUUAAAGCAAAUAAGAAAGUCUUUAUACACAUCAACGAAGAAAAUGGAGUUGGAUUCAGAAAACUCUUGUUUGAAAAGCAAAGCAAAAUCAACGGAAAUAUUUGGGUCGAGGACUCGUAUUUGAAUAAAGAGGAAAAUUUGGUUUCGAGAAAGUUGAUGUUCAGCGGUGAUCGGAGUCUCAUUCAGUCGGAAGCAGUGCUGGAAAACGGAACCAUAAAUAUAGUAAAAAGUAUUAAUAAUGUAUUAUACUUUAAGGCAAUCAUACUGGGUGUCAAACUGGCUUUGCUUGACAAAGAAAGUGAUUAUGACAAAACUAGAAGUGUUUUAGUUAUAGGAGGAGGUGCAAAUUUAUUAUCUGUGGGAAUACAAAGACUUGUCAAGAAUACAAGUGUGACAAGCGUCGAGUUAGAUCCCGUUGUUGCUGAAGCUGCACAACAGUGCUACAAUACGGAAAAUAUAUCCACCAUCAUUGGAGAUGGUAUUGAAAUUGCCAAAAAUAAUUAUUCCAAUUGUGUUGUGAUUGAUGUCGACAAUAAAGUAAAUUCUGAUGGGAUUGGGGCACCUCCUGAAAUCUUUAUCAGUGAGGACGUUAUUAAAAUGAUGAAGGAAAGACUUAUUGGUACCAACCCAUUUAUUGUCUAUAACACUGUCAUUCGUAAUGAAAUUGCUUUUAAAACUGUGUCAUCAAGAAUACGGAAAAUGUUUAAAAGAGUAUAUCAAUGGGAAUCAGAGUCCGACUUAAACGUCGUUUUCUUCUGUUUUGUGAAUGAUUUUGAUAUGAAAAAAGAUCAAGACAGUCUUGGCGACAAGCAGUUUUGUGAAGAGUUGUCUGAAUUGUGUUAG